AUGCAGAGACAGGACAGCUCAGAAGUUUCGCUCGUCCUCCAAGCCAUCCAUAAAGUCAAGGCAUAUAACACGCCAGUUCUUUGCAAAAGAUUCGAACAAUACUCUAUCAGCAGUCUACUACCAAAUUUCGACGCCAGAGAAAUGGAAAACAAAGAAAUACAAUCUAUUGGAGGCGUGCAACCCUCAACGAGUACUAUCAACAUUCUGGUCAUCGUGGUUGCUGGCCUUGGUAGUUACAAUUUCGGAUAUGCAAACAAUGCAAUCGCUGGUUCCUUCGCACAAGUGUCAUUUGGGAUAAAGUUCCUCAGCGGCAGUAACGCAAAUUCGAUUAUCGGUGCGAUUCUUGGCGUCUUCUAUGGUGGUGGUCUUAUUGGCGCAAUCAUUCAGGCACCAAUCUCAGACCACUAUGGACGGAGAGCAGGUUCAGUCGCAGGCGGUAUGCUGAUGGUCAUCUCUGGAGCACUACAGUCUGGCGCCACUCACAUCGCCAUGUUCCUCGUUGGUCGCUUUAUAGGCGGCAUCGCAUCCGGUAUUCUGAUUGCCAACUGUCCAGUUUACAUGAGCGAAAUAUCUCCUCCACACAAUCGAGGCAAGCUCGUAAGUAUUCAUGCCAUUGGCCUGGUGUUCGGCUAUGUUGUUGCGGCUGUGUUUGCCUUGGUCUUCUAUUUUGUAGAUGGUUCGUAUCAGUGGCGCUUGCAAUUUGUCCUCCUUACAUUCUUCGCGCUGUGUUUAGUUGUAUCAGUCCACUUCCUUCCUGAAUCUCCCCGUUGGCUCGUUGAGAAGGGAAAUCACGACGCGGCCUGGAAAGUUCUUGAGCGCAUACAUCGCUCUAAGCAAGAUCCUGAAGCAAAAAUGGCCCACGCCGAAAUGAUUCAGAUCAGGACUCAUGUCGAACUGGAGAGAAGUCUUCCGAAAGGCUAUGUUCAUAUCUUUAGAACCCCAUCGCUCCGGAAAAGAGCAAUUCUCUCGAUAUUAGUGUGGUGUAUCGGUCAAGGUUCCGGUGUCCUUGUUAUUGCCAACUUGACACCUCUUCUAUUCAAAGCUUUGGGUUACAGUGUCGUCGAACAACUAGGUCUGUCCAUUGCCUGGGUCGCCGUAGCCACUGUAUGCAUCAUCGGGGCCUCUUUUUUCAUCGAUACAGUGGGUCGAGUGAAAUUGAUAGUCGCUGGUGGAUAUUUGAUGGCCGUGUCGCUCGCCAUAGAGGCCGCGCUACAGAAAAACUAUCUGAAUAGCAACAACAAACCGGCAUUGAAUGCAGCAGUGGCGUUCUUCUUCGUAUUCAUUACCUUUUACGGCUUAUUUUUUGACGGUGCAGCUUUCACCUAUGGAGCGGAAAUUUGGCCAACGCACUUGCGCAGCCAGGGAGCCAGUAUUACACUAGUCUCCUUUUUUGCGAAUACCAUCGCGUACACUGCGCCAGCAUCGAAGGCCUUUGCAACAAUCGGAUGGAAGUACUACAUGGUUUUUAUUGUCGUGGCCACUGUGAUGACUACUAUUUUUGCAUUUAUCGCGCCGGAGACAAGCAAACUCACUCUUGAAGACAUCGGUGCGAAGUUUGGCGAUAGCUUCGAACGUAUAAGUGCCAACAGUCAAUUGCCAGCAGAGACAAAGACGAUCGAUGAGGGUAGUGAAGCCCACCAUUUAGAAUAA